AUGGAUCCGAUUUCACCAAUGGGCCCCAAGGAGCUGCACGCAUCAUCACUCGGGACGGUGACGACGCACACCGGCCCAUCCAAUUGCCACGUACUGAGGCUCACCAUCAAAAUUGCCACCUACCACUCGGUUAACAAAAACUGGUACGACGAAUCUCAAACGUCAAACAGGGGACCACCGAUAUCCUUUGAAAUGACGGACGAUCUGCUUGACGUCAGACAUCCGUAG